GAGUAGGAAAGCCUGUCACCCUGUAAGGCAUGAGCAACAUUUCCUUCUUCCGCUCAUGAAGAACCAAUUGAAGCAGAAGCAGAGUCACCGUUCAAUCCUUGACCUGUUUGUGCCUUACCCAGGAACCCAAUAUGGACUUACCUACAUCUACUUGUUCCUCAUGUUCCAGUCUCUACCUUCCGCGGCUGCACAAAACACUACUCAGUCUCCACAUUCCGAUCCCUAUAGCUUCAGCGACUACGUUUUCAACCCUUCCACGGCCGGCGUUCUGGUCGUCAUAAUAGUUGCCUUCUUCUUCUUGAGCUUCUUAUCCAUCUGUAUCGGCCAACGCUCUGAUACCAAUAACGAUGAAAGAGGAGUUUCACGAAGGGGAAAUCGAGGUCUCGACCCUGCUGUGAUCGAUUCUUUCCCCACCUUCGCUUAUUCUUACGUGAAAGGUCAUAAAUUGGGUAAAGGAGCUCUCGAAUGCGCCGUGUGCUUAACCGAAUUCGAAGACGAAGAUACGCUUCGAUUGCUUCCUAAGUGUGACCAUGUAUUCCAUCCUGAGUGCAUCGAUGCUUGGUUGUCUAAGCGCACAACUUGCCCAGUCUGCCGAGCCAACUUCGCUGCUGUAUCGGGCGAAACAUCUCCAAUAUCGGUACAUGAUACAGAAGUCCACUCGGAUGGAGAAAUCCCAUCAUCGGAACUACAGGGUUCAGAGAACCAGCAACUUUUCAUUAACGUGGGCCCAUCACCACAGGCUGCGGCAGUGGCAGUGGCACCGUCACCAUCACCGGAGGUAAUUGAUCGGAUCCCAAUGCAAAAUCGGCCGGCUAGAACUAAACCGCCGAGGCCGACAUUCACGGGGAGAUUUCCGCGGUCGCAUUCGACGGGGCACUCUGUGGUUCAACCGGGAGAUGACGUCGAGCGGUUCACCCUUCGGCUGCCGGAGGACGUGAGGAAGCAAAUCAUGAAUAUGAGACAUCUGAACCGGACUAGGAGCAUGGUUUUGUUCCCAAGGGUAGGGAGUUCAAGGAAAGGUAACCGGACGACCGGAGAAGGGAGUAGCAGAGGAGGGAAAUCGAUGAGGGGAGUGAUAUGGGAGAAACCGGAAGGCUGGAUCUUCUCCAUGACACCACCUUUUUUCAUGAGAGCCUCUCCUUCUCGAUCAGCAAAAGGGGAUGCUCUGGUGACUCCUCGUCCUAAACCCUUAAGGUUGCCCUUGCGAGUGAACAUGAAAGCUGACGGAACUGGUCCGUCGUUGACUCGUCCUCCGGUUUGACUGCCAUCUCCAUUUCCCUUGAUUGAUUCGAAUUUUUCCCUAUUUGUUACUUAAAUACUUCCAACCUUGUCAUUUUUUUCCUUUUUGUCUUUUAAUAUACAUCGAAGUUAAAUGUUA